AUGCCGGCGCUGGUGAGUCAUCUCCUCUUCGUCCGUCAAGGUGGUAAUUGCCGUGUCCACCAGUCUCUCACGUUAACUCGCGUUUACCUGUGGAUCCACCAUUUUCUCUCAAACUGCUCCACAGGAUUGAGAUGUUACACUUUCGGUUCUCCACAUUGCUGAAGGAGUUGACUGAAGCUACCCUCAAACGUCCGCUGCCCGCCUGUAGACAGAGGUCCUGGUUGCCGGCCCGCCACUGCCGCUUCGGCGCCGCCUCCGUUGGUGGGAGAGCUGAGUCUCCUCGGCUCCUCCAUGCCGCUCCGCACCGGCCGCCGCUGCGCGCCGCGCCCUUCGCAACCCCGUUCCGCUCCUACUGCGUGAAAACGGAUGGCGCCGUGGAGCUGGAGGAGCAGCUGAAGAAGGACGAUAAAGCUAGCGAGGCGGCGAGUGAGAAAAGAAGAAAUGCAGGCAUCCUCCCAAGUCUGGAGGAUUUGCUCUUCUACACAGUUGCAGAAGGCCAAGAGACGAUUACCGCUCACAAAUUUCUCUCGGCACUUAAGACCACAGGGCUUCGCACUGGAGAUCCUCGGCUGAAGGAAUGUAUGGAUACCCUCAAAGAAACUCUACAGAACACACCAGAUGGCAUGACUCUGGACAGGCAGCAAUUCAAAAAGUGUGUCCAGAGCAACAUUGUCCUGCUCACUCAGGCCUUCCGCAAGAAGUUCGUCAUCCCAGACUUCCAGUCCUUCACCUCCCAUAUUGAUGAGCUGUAUGAAAAUGCCAAAAAUCUCUUGGAAGGACAGGUGGCAGACUACAUUCCUCAGCUCGCCAAAUUCAGCCCCGACCUGUGGGCUGUGUCUCUUUGCACAGUCGACGGACAGAGACACACAGUAGGAGACACCAAGGUCCCUUUCUGUCUGCAGUCGUGUGUCAAGCCGCUGAAGUAUGCCGUUGCAGUCCAUGACCAUGGCACGGAAUACGUGCACAGUUUCAUUGGAAAGGAGCCCAGUGGCCUGCGCUUUAAUAAGCUCUUCCUGAACGACGAUGAUAAGCCCCACAAUCCCAUGGUGAACGCCGGCGCUAUCGUUUGCACUUCACUGAUAGAGCAAAGUACCAGCACUGCGGAGAAAUUUGACUACAUCAUGAACUAUCUGAAGGAUAUGGCAGGAAACGAGUAUGUGGGUUUCAGCAACGCCACAUUCCAGUCUGAGCGUGAGUCAGGAGACAGGAACUUUGCCAUCGGCUACUACCUGAAAGAAAAGAAGUGUUUUCCUGAGGGGACAGACAUGACAUCUGUGCUGGACUUGUACUUUCAACUGUGCUCCAUUGAAGUGACCUGCGAGAGCGCCAGUGUCAUGGCAGCCACUCUCGCUAACGGCGGCAUCUGCCCAAUCACGGGCGAGCGCGUGCUGAGCCCCGAGGCGGUGAGGAACACGCUGAGUCUGAUGCACUCGUGCGGCAUGUACGACUUCUCUGGACAGUUUGCUUUCCACGUCGGUCUGCCCGCCAAGUCUGGAGUGUCGGGGGGGAUCCUGUUGGUGGUGCCUAAUGUGAUGGGUAUUAUGUGCUGGUCACCUCCACUUGACAAGCUGGGCAACUCUGUGAGAGGGAUACAGUUCUGCACGGAUCUUGUGGAGCUUUUCAACUUCCACAACUACGACAACCUGAGGCACUUUGCAAAGAAGUACGAUCCUCGCAGGGAAGGAGGGGAGCAGAGGGUCAAGUCUGUGAUCAACCUGCUGUUUGCUGCCUACACAGGAGACGUGUCCGCACUGAGGAGGUUUGCACUUUCAUCCAUGGACAUGGAGCAGAGGGACUACGACAGCAGGACAGCGCUCCAUGUGGCAGCAGCUGAAGGACACACAGAGGUGGUUCGCUUCCUGCUGGAGGCUUGUAAGGUGAACCCAGUUCCCAGAGACAGGUGGGGCAACACGCCCAUGGAUGAAGCGGUGCACUUCGGCCACCAGGACGUGAUCACGUUCCUGCAGAACUACUACGCUGGACACUGUCCCCCUGCUGGUACUGAUGAGAAGAGCAGCGGUGAGACGAGCCUGGACAGUCUGCUGUAGACGUGCUGCUGAUGCACCACUCACUACUGCUGCUGCUCCUCUACACUUCUCUGGACUCACUUUGUCACACAUUUCAAAUCAUAAUGGUAACAAUAAUAAUAAUAAUAAUAAUAAUAGUAAUGAAUUAGUUUCUUGGCUUUUCCCCUCCUCACUCACCUGGAGGGCUUUUGCUUUCUCUGGCUGUUUCAAGCUCUUCUUCCUGGAUUUCAUGUGUGAUCAGAGCACCAGAGCAGUACUCUCCAGGACCAGUGGUCUCAAACUCCCUUUGGUGAACUACUGUAUGUAGAGAAUAUUUAAGUUUAUUUAUUUAAGACAUGGACAGCAUUUAUAAAUGCAAUAUACACAAUUGUAGCCAAAGAUAAUGUCCACUGGACAGGUAGAUUGUCCCUAAGGAAUAAGAAUAAGUUAAAUAACACGAAUGACAGAUUUUUUGCAGAAUUGUGACCUAUAGGGAGACAAACACUUUUAUUUUGAAAGGGUUUGCAAUACCACGAUGGAAUAUGGAGAAUUUUAAACUCAAAAAGCCAGUUGAUUUUUCACUUGACCAACCCUCCUGACCAGACUAGAAGUUCAUUGGCCCCCUGGGUUAUUUGAGUUUGAGGCCCCUGGUUUAACCACGAUGUUUACAGGAUAUAUAACCCACUGUCAAACUGUGUCAUUACUGUAAACACAUUAGUUUAUUCUCCUCUCUACCUGCUAUUAUAAAGGUAAAAUUAAAUGUAUUAGUUUUGUACGAUAGUAAGGUGUGUGUGUGUGUGUGUG